AUGAGUGAUUCCGAGACCAAGCCGGACGACCACGAUGGCGAGGCAACUACAACGGCGACGGCGACGGCGCCGGCCAAUGAGGCUCAAGUUGCGUCCGUCGCGCAACAGCCGCCCGAACAGCUGAAAGAGGGCGGAUAUGGCUGGGUCGUUGUCCUUGCCGCUGCCCUGCUGAAUGCGCAUACUUGGGGCUUGAAUUCGUCCUUUGCCGUCUUCCUGGCAUACUACCUCAGGAACAACACGUUCGAGGGCGCGACGACCCUCGGCUUCGCAUUUGUCGGUGGUGUCUCCGUCGGAUUUGCUCUCCUGGUAUCGCCAAUCGCGACAAUCCUCGCAGGCCACAAGAGGUUUGGAACAAGGAAGACCAUCUUCCUCGGUACAGUCUUCGAGACGAUGGGAUUGAUCUUCGUGUCUUCCGUCCCUGUGCCUUCGCAAUGGUUCAACAAGAAGCGGUCCCUGGCGAACGCCUGCGCCGCCGCGGGUUCGGGGUUCGGCGGCUUGACGUACUCGCUGGGCACGAACGCCAUGAUCGCCAGCAUCGGUCUGCCCUGGGCCUUCCGGAUUCUCGCGAUCCUCUGCUUCGUGGUUAACAGCAUAUGCAGCUACUUGAUCCGCGAUCGGAACCAGGCCGUGGGAUCUGUUCACAUCGCCCUCAACUGGCAGCUGUUUAAGCGUCCUCCGUUCCUCUUGUACCAGGGCUGGAUGAUAUUCUCCAUGAUUCCGUACACUGCCCUGGUCUUCAGCAUCGUCGACUACUGCCAGUCUGUUGGUUUGACAGCCAGUCAAGCGUCUCUUGUGGGAGCUUUGCUCAAUCUUGCACAAGGACUAGGCCGUCCGGUGAUCGGACUGUCGAGCGAUUCUGUGGGGCGACUCAACGUCGCCGGGCUGUGUACCGCAUUCUGUGGUAUCAUGUGUGUCACGCUGUGGCUCUUCUCUACGAACCUUGCGACGUGCAUCGUCUUUGCCAUGCUCGCCGGUACCGUCGCCGGCGUUAUAUGGGCGACGGCAGCCCCUGUGCUGGCCGAAGUGAUAGGCCUUCAGCUUCUUCCCUCCGGGCUGUCCCUGAGCUGGAUUAUCCUCGUCCUACCGGCCACGUUUGCCGAGGUCAUCGUACUCGAGAUCAGACAGCGCGGGUACCGCGCGGCGCAGCUUUUCAUCGGGUUCAUGUACCUGGCGGCAUUCCUCUUCAUGUGGGCGCUGCGGUCGUGGAAGCUCCGCGAGAUGGAGGCCGCGCACCUCAACAAGGAGGAGAGGGAGGGCGCCCUCCGCGACGACGGCGUCUUCCGAACCGCGUCCAGGCGGCAGGACGCCAUGGAACGCGCCUCCAUAGCCACACGUACGAGCCUUGCCUAUGCCAAGGGCCUGUGGUCUUUCGAGCGCGUCUGA